AAUAUACCAUCAAUUCGUAGUCUUUCAAGCAAACGAGCCAAUAGUGAAAUUUUAUUAUUCGAAUUGACAAAUGAUAAGGAGUGUCGUGUAAAAUACUGAAUUUCAGUUCAAUACAACGUUUUACAUUAAUCUAACUACAGUUUUAGCGGAAAAGAGAAAGGAAAGACUAAUCACACAGGAACGAACUACCAUAAAUUCAAACUGCAAAGAUAGAAGCUUUCCAUCUACUUUGAAAUAACUUUAGAAAGUCAUGUUCUAUUUGAAGUGAAGCAUUGUUAUUAUACCAACCAAUUACUUAAAAGAAAAAAAAAACAAACAAGUAAAAAAUUAAUUUGACAGAAUGUCAACUCAACUAAUUGAUAAGUUUAAGCAAUUAGAUGCUUACGCAAAAACAUUAGAAGAUUUUAGAAUAAAAACAGCCACCGGCGCAGCAAUUACUGUAACUGGAGGGCUGAUUAUGGUGUUAUUGUUCCUCUCAGAACUGUAUACUUACAUGUCACCAAAUAUUUCGGAAGAACUGUUUGUUGACACCUCGAGGGGCCACAAACUAAGAAUAAACUUGGAUAUUAUUGUUCCAACUAUAUCAUGUAAUUAUUUAGUACUUGAUGCUAUGGAUUCAUCAGGUGAACAGCACCUUCAAAUGGAGCAAAACAUCCAUAAGAGAAGAUUAGAUCUGAAUGGAAAUCCUAUAGAAGAACCAAAGAAACAAGAAAUUGCUACGUCUACCACUUUAAAACAAAAGCAGAACUCUUCUGAGGUAGCACUUGUUGAAUGUGGAAGUUGUUAUGGAGCAGCACUUAAUGAAUCUCAAUGUUGCAAUACUUGCGAAGAUGUCAGGGAAGCAUAUAGAUUAAGGAGGUGGGCAUUACCAGAUUUAUCUACAAUAGAACAAUGUAAAAGUGACGACUCCAUAGAAAAAACUAAUUUAGCACUCAAAGAAGGUUGUCAAAUUUAUGGCUACAUGGAAGUCAACAGAGUUGGUGGAAGCUUUCAUAUAGCCCCAGGAAAGAGUUUCACCAUUAACCAUGUGCAUGUCCAUGACGUGCAGCCAUACUCAUCAUCAGUAUUUAAUACAACCCAUUUCAUCAAACAUUUAUCCUUUGGCACGGAUAUUGAAGGAGCUAACACUGCACCUUUAGAUGGAAUUAAUGGUGUGGCUAAAGAAGGAGCUGUAAUGUUUCAAUACUAUUUAAAAAUAGUGCCAACAAUGUAUGUAAAAUUGGAUAAGACUGUGUUACAUACUAAUCAGUUUUCUGUAACAAGACAUCAAAAAUCAGUAUCCAAUAUAAACGCAGAAUCUGGAAUGCCAGGGGCAUUUUUCAGCUAUGAGUUGUCACCUCUUAUGGUUAAAUACACAGAAAAGGAAAGAUCAAUUGGACAUUUUGCCACAAAUAUUUGUGCUAUAAUAGGUGGUGUAUUCACAGUUGCAGGAAUCCUUGAUGCUCUUUUGUACCAUUCAUUGAAUGCCUUUCAAAAUAAAAUGGUUUUGGGUAAAGCUGGAUAAUUAUAAUGUCUUUAAAAAUAUGUUGAAGUCAUUAACACUGCAUUUAGCAAAAUUUCUACAAAAUUCUACAUCUGUGUCUUCAAUCAUAGAUUUUAAUGGAAUAUAAUUUGGCUUCUUUGGAUCAUACUGUGAGCGACCUAGCUUUUCUAAAAAUAAAUGACGUUGUUUUAAUCUAAAUUUUCUACACAUUAAUAUUUCAGGUGUCUCCAUUAUAUUUUCAUGAGGUAUUUUCAUAACAUUGUGAAUGUAAUUAAAUCUCUCCUCCAGAGCUGUCUGACCUGAAAUAAAUAUUUUAUAAGUACA